GCUCAACGGUUCUGGGCUUCUGGCGCAACCAACGUGCCUCGGUGCCUGGGUGUACGUGGAGCUGGAAAAUAGGUAUUGCGUGCUACAUGUUCGACGUAAUAUCUCAGUCAAUUAACGAAAUCCAAAAACAAAAGCAAAAGAAAAACCAAGAACUCAGAUCAAGACGUCCCCGGGGAGAGAGAGAGAGAGAGGACAGGGGAGAUGUGGAGGCUCGUAACUUCACUUACCGCAUUGGUUUCUACCAGCAAAUCAUCAACUCUCAACCAGCCAGCAUCUACAUCGAAGAUUUGGAAAUCAUUUACCACAGAGAUGGCAAGACAUGGAAUUUCCUCCCAUGAUUGCACCCCAUUCAUAACUUUUGUCUUAGGUGGCCCUGGUAGUGGGAAAGGUACACAAUGUGCAAAGAUUGUUGAUACUUUUGGAUUUAAACAUCUUAGUGCAGGAGAUCUGUUAAGGAGGGAAAUAGCUUCUAAUAGUGAAUAUGGCUCCACGAUUCUUAAUACAAUUAAAGAAGGACGAAUUGUUCCUUCUGCAGUGACAGUCAAACUGAUACAAAGGGAGAUGGAAUCAAGUGACAAUCACAAAUUUCUUAUUGACGGCUUCCCACGAAGCGAGGAAAACCGCAUAGCAUUUGAACGAAUCAUGGGAGCAGAACCAAAUAUCGUUCUUUUCUUUGAUUGCCCUGAAGAAGAGAUGGUGAAGCGAGUGCUAAGCCGUAAUCAGGGCCGAGUUGAUGAUAAUCUAGACACAAUCAAGAAACGUCUUAAAGUGUUUGAAGCACUGAAUCUUCCUGUAAUCAAUUACUAUGCGGAGAAAGGAAAACUUUAUAAGAAGCCAAUAUGUGCAGAUCAGUGCAUUAGGAACAGAAGAUGAAAUAUUUGAACAAGUUCGCCCAGCUUUUGCUGCAUUUGAGAUUAAUUCAUAGACCCUGCCAUUCGUUGAACGACAAUGACUCGAAUUUUACUCUGCAGCAGGUGAUUAAGUGAAAGUUAAAUUGUGUGUGUCAACCAAAGUACAAGCACGGCAGAUCCGGGUUUUUUUUGGGAGUUCUGCCUAUCUUGGCUGAGAUGGCCACAGGUUAGUUGGCCCUUUCAAGUAAUGGGAAUUCUCAGCUUAGUUUGUCUGGGAAUUCAGUAGAGGCAAAAACAAAUGAGCUUAGAGGGUAAAUGUUCUUUAACUGUUAUUAUUUUGAUGUACACUGUUUAUGCUGCAAUAGAAAUGUGCAGUGUUGACCCCCCCACCCCCAAUAAAAAGCUCAAAUAUUGUUCUAUAUUAUGAAAAAGGUACUCUUUGGCUUACAGAUUUA